AUGAGUGGUAUGGUAUGUACCAUUGAAGGUGACGAAUUGGUUAGUGAGUUAGGUGGGUUGAACAGCCCUUCCGCCAAGCAUCAUGAAUGCUGCGUUUUCAUGUCACCUCGUGUCAUGGGGACAAGGAAACUGAUCUUGCAGGAGGCUGCCUAA